AUGGCGCAAAAGGCUCCGAAGCGUUGGGGUGUCAGUGAGCCAAUCUCCAUUGCGCAGCCAACGUCCCGCGACCACCGUCUCACCAGCGAACUGGAGGAGUGUCUGCACCACAACAACCUGUACGAAACCAAUACCGGCCGCCAGCUGCGCGAACAGGUCCUUGUCGAACUCAACAACAUCGUGCAAGCAUGGGUGACGAAGGUCUCCGUCUCGCUGGGGAUGCCGGAGCACGACGCCAAGAACUGCGGUGCCAGGAUUUGUACAUUUGGGUCCUACAGGCUGGGUGUUGAUGGCCCGGGCGCGGAUAUUGAUACCCUCGUUGUAACCCCCCGCCACAUCGAUCGUCAGAGACAUGUGUUCGGUCAGGUGUCUCCAGAGUCGGCCACGGCCUCGACAAAGGGGCUCAUCCUGGUGGACAUUCUCCGCGCUACGCCGGAAGCGACAGAUGUCGUUGCCGUGCCGGACGCGUACGUCCCCAUCGUCAAGUUCGAGUAUAGGGGCGUUGAAAUUGAUUUCCUGUUUGCCGCCUUGGAGCUCAGCCGCAUCCCGAAGACAUUUGACAUUCUGGACGACUCAGUCCUUCGCAACGUCGAUGACGCCACGCAGCGCAGCAUCAACGGCGUUCGCGUCACAGACGCCGUGUUGCAACUUGUGCCCAACAUCACCAAUUUCCGGACCGUGCUAAGGGCGAUCAAGCUGUGGGCAAAGCGGAGAGCGAUCUACUCGAAUUCCCUGGGGUUUUUGGGCGGCGUGGCAUGGGCUAUUUUGACGGCCAGAGUGUGCCAGUUGUAUCCCAACGCUUCGGCUUCGUAUCUGCUUUCGCGGUUUUUCAAAGUGUACGACAAAUGGAACUGGAGCGUGACGUCGCAAUCUGCACCAGUUCUGUUGUGCUCGAUCUCGCAUGGAAACCCUUCGAUGGGCUUUAAGGUCUGGAGCCCUCAUGCCAAUCAGAGGCAUUUCAUGCCUAUCAUUACCCCGGCAUACCCGAGCAUGAAUACCACCCACAACGUCUCUGCGUCAACGCUUGCGACCAUGAAGAUGGAAAUAGCACGCGGUUUAACAAUUUGUGAAGCCAUUGAGAGCAAUGCAGAUAAAGAAGAAAGCGAAAACGCGAAGAGGGGCAUGGAGGCUUGGCAGGACCUAUUUGUACCAUCAGAAUUUUUUGGCAACUUCAAGCGGUAUCUUCAGAUUGAUGUGUAUGCAGACGACUCUGAAAGUUACAAGAGAUGGAAGGGUAUGGUUGAGUCACGGCUGCGGUUCUUGAUACACAAGUUCGAAGACUCUGGGUUAGUCAAGUAUUUGAGACCGUACCCAGAAGGGUUUUCGGACAACCCGGAGCUACCAGCCGGAUGCGGGAAGACGUUUUUCUUUGGCCUCGUCAUCCACCCCCCAUCGCCCGCGUCGAGAGCGGCAGCGGGAGCCGGAACAAGAAUGUCUGUCAACAUCACGGUUCCUGUCACCAUGUGGAAAGCACAGGUCAAUUCAUGGGCAGACAAAACACCAGCCAUGCAUCUUCAAGUCAUGGUCAUGCGUUCUGCCAACCUUCCGUCUUUUGUGCAGAGAUUAAUUCCCGCGUCCGGUGUAGCGAAGUCGUCCAAGGGUGUCGGGAAAAAGAAGAAGAGGAAGAGGUCUAAGGGUAAAGAGAAUGACGUCGGGGAUGCAACUGAGAACGGGGUCAAGGCAAAGAAGCCUCGAAGUGAAAACCAGAAAACUGGUGACGGGGAUGACUCAGGGGCUACGGAGGGUGCCCAAGCCACAGAGCCAAAGGGCAGUGAUUUGAACGUUGCCGAAGUCGCUCGAGUGGAGAACAAGGGAAGCGAACCAAUUACAGAAACUGAUGGAGGUGUUGCAGAGGAAAACGGAUCGAAGGAAGACCCGGAAGAAACUACAGCAGCUGAGAGGUUGAGGGCAAUGGCAGCUGCAAAGGCAGCGCCUGAAAAGGUAGUCAAUGAUGAGCUCGUAUCAGAGAUUGCAGCUUCGCACUCGACUACGGGUGAGGUCAAGGCAAUAAAUGUCAAACUCAGAGCCCAUGGGAAUCAGUAG